AAUAUUAUUUGCUCUAAAAAGGAACGUGUAAAGUGAAAAAUGGCAGACACGGAAUUUGAGGAGUUUCGCCAGAUUUUUGAACAUUUCCCCCAACAUCUCAAAACUCCAGCUCAAUUCUAUUCGCUCGUUCCUGACCUAGAUGAUGCUGAGGCAUCUCCCUCGCCCAAAAGUGAAUCAAGUGCAUCAGAUUGCGAAGAAGUUGCAGCUGAUUUGGCGGAAGUGACACAACAUAAGACUUCAGGUAGUGGUGGUGGCUUCACAUUGAGCAGCAGCAGUGCUGAAGAUGAUGAAAUUGGUGAUGGCCUUAGGAUGGGUCAGACUGCAUGUGCCCAGCCAGCUGUACUGGCCAGGACCAAUUCUCUUCCCUUUAUGUCGGGCACAACCGAGCGUCGACGUCGAAAGCUUCCGGAGAUACCCAAAAAUAAGAAAUCUUCCAUUGUGGUAAUGUGCAGCCAAACAUCCUUGGCCGAGGAGCUGGGGGUGAAGGCAAGCGUGGGGCAACGUUCAGUGCUGGCCCUGAAGUGUGGCUACCUCCUGGAUGAGGAUUCAAGCCCCGACAGCGAUAGACUACACAGCCUUGGGGACGUGGACAGUGGGCACUCCACGGCGCAUUCUCCGACGGAUUUCAAGAGUAUGUCACCCCCACCAGCCACCGGAGGUAUCCUCUUCUCGCGCCUGGAACUCCUCGAAGCCACCCACAGGGCUCUGCAUAAGUUCCUCCCGCGUCAUCAUGAUGAAAUUGAAUUGGAAAUCGGCGACGCUGUGUACGUGGAGAAGGAAGCUGAGGAUUUGUGGUGCGAAGGUGUAAAUCUCCGCACAGGACGUCAAGGGAUUUUCCCAUCAGCCUAUGCUGUGGAUUUGGAAUACAAUGACUUCGAUCCGGGUGCGCAGCAGGUUAAGCGCGAGCGCUACCUCCUCGGCUAUUUGGGUUCCGUGGAGACGCUGGCACACAAAGGCACCGGUGUCGUGUGUCAGGCUGUAAGGAAGAUCUUGGCGCGUUCGGGGGAAUCACCGCAAGCACAGCCCUGCAUCCUAGAGGUGAGCGAUCAGGGGCUACGCAUGGUGGAAAGGGCUCGUCCACCAGAUCGCAAGGGACCCCAUAUGGACUUUUUCUACUCGCUCAAGAAUGUCUCCUUCAUCUCCUUCGAUCCCAGAGACAACCGCUACAUUGGCUUCAUCACUAAACACCCCACAGUGCAGAGAUUCGCAUGUCACGUCUUCAGGGGUCACGAAUCAACGCGCCCCGUUGCCGAAGCUGUUGGGCGGGCUUUUCAGCGUUUCUAUCAGAAAUUCAUUGAGACAGCAUACCCCAUUGAGGACAUAUACAUUGAGUAAGAGGUCCCCCCCAUCAUUUCUUUUCCUUUCGGCAGGAACCAACUGGUGCUGGAUAAAUCGCUUCUUCGUGGUGAAUUUUCCGCGAGAUUUCCCUCGCAGAAAACCCAUUAAAAAAAAUCAACGAGACACUUAAAAAAAACUGUCUCAAUUGUAAAUAUAAAUCAAUAACCGUAGAAAAGCAGAAUAGAAGAAAUGUUAGAGAAAGGGACUAAAAGACAAAAAAAAAGUAUAUAUAUUAGACGUGAAUUAAGGAAAACAAUAUAAAAAAAUCAUAUUAAACAGCACUAAGAAAAUAAGUUCUUUUUUCUCAGAAGAAAAUAAAUAAAACGCUUGAAUUUUCAUUAAAACACUGACUUGAAGAAGAAAAAACAUUGUAAAUUUUGAGUCUUUGUCAAGAAAUAAAAUCUCAAUAAAUACAGAAUUUCAAAAUAAAUUAAAAAUAUUUAUUGUUGGGUGCUAAAGGGGCAAGAAGUAGUAAAGGUGUUUGAUGGGGUUGUUCAUUCGUUGAAAGAUUUUUUCUUGCAUCGGAUUUUUAUGCUUUGAAAUGAUUUUUUUAAAAUUUUCUUUAACCUUUUUUUCUAUCUUUAUUGGUUUCGUUAAUAGAAAAGAAAGAUUGUUUUUUGAAAAAACAGUUCAGAGGAAGAUUUUCCAAUUUUCUGAAAGAAUUUUAAAUAAUAAAGAACUUUCAUAAAAAAAGAAAUUGAAAAAGUGUCUUCUGUUAAACUAGAACUCUUCCAGUUCUUUUGUAAAUUGCUACAUCUUAGAACAUUUUACAACAAUUUAUUACGCUCAGAAAUAACUUUUCAAUUAUUAAUUUUCGUAUUUUUUUCCUCGUCUUAUUCGUUUUUACUACAAAACUUUAAGCAUAGUAUUUAAUAGUAUACGAGGUUCCUAAAAUUCAAACAAAUUAAGAUAUUGAAUUAGUUAUUAUACGCGUAAAGGACCACUUUAGGGCAUCACCAAAGCUUCUUAAAUUGCUGGAUAAAUUUUUUUUUUUAAUAAGUUUUCAAUGAAUAAUUUGAGCUUUUCAGAGUCUUUAAUCACGCUUCUUUAUAUUCUCUAUUAAACCGCAAAAUUUCAUCAUUCCUAUCGAAUUUUCUUGGAAUUAAUUCCUAUUCGGAUGUUUUUCAGUUUGUGGCAUAUUCCGGAAAUUAAUUUAUGGAAAAUUAUAAAUGAUUUUUAAAAUAUCCAAAAGAUAUCAAUUAUUUAAGACGCAAUAUGUAAGACUAGAAAGAAUCUUUCAGUGAAUGAAUACCCCCUUUUCUGGUGUGUUAAACAAGAAAAAAAUCAAUAUAAAUGAAGAAACAAUAAUUGCUAAAAAAAAUAAUAAGCAAAUAGAAGAUUUUUUCAGGAUAUUUUCAUAUCGCAGAGAUGUUUGAAGAAGAAAUUAAAAAAAAACUCCGAAUGUCUAUCUUGUGACAUUUUGGGCGAGGAAAUAGAAGAAACGUUGCAAUCUCAAUUUAUUAUAAAUAUACAAAUUAAAAAAAAAACUCUCUGGCAGGAAGGUAAAAGACAUUGAGAAGAAUAAAAUAAAUGUAAAACAGAAGCAUAAAAUGAAA